ACACACAGCCUCACCAGCAGCCACAUAAUAGUGCAACACAAAUAAACCUGUUUGUAGCCAAUUCGAUCAAGUGAAGACUGUGCAGUGCAGCUACUAGCAGUUUGUUGCUCCAACAUAUAUGCAUGUGCCGCACACGCAAACUAAACUAGCUAGCUAACCACCACCAGCACAGCACAGCAUUUCUUCCAUGAUGAUGGGCUCACUGAAGCUGACGGAGAUCGUCUCCAAGAAGUGGGGCGUCGGCGGCGGCAGCAAGGUCGCCUCCCCGAGCGCGGCGGCGUGCCCGCGAGGCCACUUCGCGGCCUACACCAGGGAGGGCCGCCGGUUCUUCAUCCCCAUCGCCUACCUCGCCAGCGACACCUUCCAGGAGCUGCUCAGCAUGGCCGAGGAGGAGUUCGGCGAGCCCGGCGACCGCCCCAUCGUGCUGCCCUGCUCCGCCGACCGCCUCGAGCAGAUCCUCGACGCCUUCCGCAGCGGCGGCGGCCCCAAGAAGAAGAGCGCCGGCGCCGGCGCCGGCAGCGGCAGGAUCAGCAAGAUCUGGUAGCACGAAUGCAGUUGCAUUACUGCACCCUCAGCUGCUGCUAGCUGCUAAACACGGCCUAAUUGUCGUCGUUGGUAGCAGCUGGAUGAGCCUGGAUGCAUGACUGUGAGAUUAUUAUUAUUAGUAGCUUUUUCGAUCCAUUGAUGAUUAUUCACUGGCGCUCAACUAGUCCUGCUGAUGAUCAGCCUAGCUAUUAGCUAGGUGUUGUGAUCGAUUCGUUAGUUAAUUAAAUGGUUUUUUUUUUUUUUUUGCUGCUCUGCUCUCCUGGGGUGAUCUGCAUGCCAAUGCAAUGUGUGUGUUUUCAGGAGACCAGCUGUGGCGUGGCAGGCACUACUAUGGCCAACCUGCCGUGAUGUAACAUCUCUGUAGACUGUACCUUUUCAUUUGUUGAAUUUUUUUCCUUCUCUCUCUCUCUCUCUCUCUCUCUCUCUCUCUAGCUUCUUCUACUACUUCUCUUUGAGAACUCAUUUUUUCAAUUGUCACAUGACUAAAUAUGUACAUGUUGUUGGCAAUUAUUUUGGUUAAGCUGUGUGACGAGUGUCCAUUGUAACAUCAA